UCUGCAUGUGUGGGGAAAAAGGGGCCGUCUUCUUGUUGGCAUGACGGGCAUGGAGGCCGUGGUACGUACGAGAAAUCCAGACUACGUCUGCAGGAGGAGGCCCAUGAAAGGGAACGUCCUGCUUCGCAAAAUAUUCACAGCAGUGCUUUUCGAGGAUCGGUGCUGUGCCAUUCAAUCAUUUACGGCACGCACUGACUCACAGCCCCGUGACCCUCUGCUCUCCUCUAGGCUCUAGGCUCGUCGUCAUGCCUUGGUUUUUUAGUCGAUGACUGGAUCUGCACGUGAGCUCCUGCGGCUCAGAAACGCAUCAGGCUGCAUGAUUCGACGCUUUCUGCUCCAUAUAUCAGAGUGAUUCGACGGUAUGGCUCAGCCCCGAGUAGUAGGCCACGGGCGUUAGGUAGGCAUCGAGACCUCGUCCUCCUCGUCCGCCUCCUCCUCCUCACGCAGGCACCUCGUCUUCAUCUGCCAUCUCGGCCGAGCCGGCGGCGCAAUCCGAGCUCUGCCAGGGUGCGGGUGGUGGAGCCAGCCGCUCCUGGAGUUGUCAUCUGUCUGGAUCGGUUGCUAGUCCAGACAGAUGGCGAUGGGGAAGUCAAUCGUCAGAAUUCUAUGCGGUCUCGUAGUUUUGGGCGGGCUGGGCACCGAGGGACCUUCAUCUGGGAGUGAGUUCCCAAGCACCUCUGCAAGAUUAUAAUUCUCAGGUUCUCGUACAUCGGCACGAAUCCAUCGGUUUUGGUAUUCCAAGCGGAGGUUUGGAGAAAUCAUGGACGUGAGAGUGGGAGAAUUGGUGCUGCAUGAGGAUGAGGGUGCGGGGAAGGAGAACGGACAUCAGGAGAAUGGACGAAAGGAGCCCCGGUACGCGACCAUCGCAGCUCAGGCGGGAUUUUGUCAAGAGGGCAAUGCGUUCAGUGGCACUAAACACGGGAAAGCCAUCUUCACAGCUUCUGUGUACGAAUUCGAGACCUUGGAAGAGCUUCGUGCUUCGACGUACUCGUACAGGAGGUUGGGAAAUCCCAACUCGGACGACCUCGCUCACGCGCUUGCAUGUCUCGAGUCUGCCGAGUCAGGGCUGGCAACGUCGUCGGGAAUGGGGGCCGUGGUGGCCACGGUGUUGGGGCUGCUGAAGGGUGGGGAUACGGUGUUCGUGCACGGCGACACGUACGGCGGCACAUUCUCCUUCUUCGAGCAGGACGUCAGGCGCUUCGGCAUCCACGUCGAGAUGCUGGACGUGAUGGACGUGCUGCAACUCGACUCCGCUCUGGCUCGAUGGCACCACCAGCACCAGCAGCAGCUCGAGGGCCGCAACGACGACGUUCGGGCCCUGGUGUUCUGCGAGUCGAUCACGAACCCGUUGAUCCGAGUGGCCGACGUGCCGGGCAUGAGCGCUGUGUGCCGAAAGCACGGUGCUCUGCUCGUCGUCGACAACACGUUCGGCACCCCUCUCAGGAGAAAACCUCUUCUGCAGGGUGCAAACAUCGUCGUGCACUCGGCGACGAAGUUCAUCGGAGGGCACAGCGAUCUCAUCGCGGGAGCUGUCGUGGGACCUGCCAAGCUCGUGGAUCGGGCCCGAGGAGUGGCCCAUCGAUGGGGCCUCACGAUCUCGCCCUUCGACGCUUGGCUUUGCACUCGAAGCAUCCGCACGCUGCAGGUGCGGAUGGAGCGGGCGUGGGUGACGGCCGAGAGGCUGGCGGAGCGCGUCGCGGCGGAAGAGCGCGCCGUCGUGAGAGUGCACGCGGCGCCGCAGUGCGCCGUGUUCAGCUUCGAGGUGGCGGGGGGCGCCGAAGGGGCCAGUCGCGUGUUCGACAAGCUGAGCUUGAUCAAGAUCGCUCCGAGCCUCGGAGGCGUGACAACCACUGUGUCUCAUCCAGCCACGAGCUCCCACGUGUCUCUGGGCGCGGCCGAGCGCGCACGCCUGGGCAUUCCCGACGGCCUCAUUCGCAUCUCGGUCGGCGUGGAGGACGUCGAGGACCUCGCCCACGACCUGCUGCCCGCGGUUCGCGCAGCUGUCUGCCACGUGUAAUCCGUGCCACGUCCCUCGUAGCUCCUCGAUGGAAUCUCUGGCUCAUGAAGGAGCAAGGACUUGAAAUGGAAGCGUAAUUUUUGUCAUCGUGUCUUCCAAACCGAAACAUCUCGUUGAGUUUUAGGAGGGUAACAGAUCAAAUUUAUGUAAUGCACACAAGUAGAAGUGUGUCCACAUAGAUCGGCUAGAGGAAUGAAGAAUUUCUCGUAAUGUAUGUUUCAUGUCUUCCAAAAUUCAACAUCUCGUUGAGUUUUAGGAGGGGAACCGAUCAUAAAUAUGUUAUUCAUAUAAGUACAGGUCUAUCCACGUAGAUCGCAAGUCGAGGAACGAAGAUUUUCUCGUAAUUUAUGUCUCAUGUCUUCCAAAUCUCAACAUCUCGUUGAGUUUGAGGAGGGGAACAGAUCAUAAUUAUUUCAUGCAUAUAUGAGGGGUAUCCACAUAGAUCACAACUAGAGGAAAGAAGAAUUUCUCGUGAUUUAUGUUUCAUGUCUUUCAAAUCUCAACAUCUCCUUGAGUGUAGGAGGAGAGCAAAUCAUAGUUAUGUCAUGCAUAUAAAUAUUGGGGUAUCCACAUAGAUCACAACUAAAGGAAGGAAGAAUUUUUUGUGAUUUAUGCAUCAUGUGUUCCAAAUUCAACAUCUCGUUGUGUUUCAGCAGGGGAACAGUUUGGAAGUCUCUUCUCAGCACCUAC